UAAGCGACUUUCCCCCCGGGUUAGUUUUACUCAGUCCCGGUCGUGGUGCUCUGAUGGGCCAGUUUCUGAUCGCAGUGAAGUCCGGCUGCAUUGGCUGGAUGGUGAAGACAACGGUAUAGUGGAAGUGCUGAUGUGUCGUGAGAGAGCGCGGAACUCUCUGGGUCGCGUGUUUGUGAGUCAGAUGAGAGAGCUGGUGUCAUCGAUACAUCAUGACGCAGCAGUUCGUGUGGUGAUCUUUAGGAGUUUGAUACCCGGAGUCUUUUGUGCAGGAGCAGAUCUUAAAGAGAGAGCCCAGAUGAGUAAUCCUGAGGCAGAGCUGUUUGUACAUGGCCUGCGAUCACUAAUGAGUGACAUCGCUGCGCUGCCCAUGCCAACCAUUGCGGCGGUGGACGGCUUUGCUCUCGGGGGCGGUUUGGAAUUGGCUCUGGCGUGUGACCUUCGCACUGCAGCACAUUCUGCGCAGAUGGGCCUGAUUGAAACUACGAGAGGAUUACUCCCAGGGGCUGGAGGCAGUCAAAGGUUGCCCCGGACGGUGGGCUUUGCCAUGGCAAAAGAGCUGAUUUUCACAGGACGCCGUGUCGGGGGUGAACAGGCUGCAGAGUUGGGGCUGGUCAACCGCUCCGUGCCACAGAACCAGACACGAGACGCGGCCCACAAAGAGGCUCUUAGUCUUGCACGAGAGAUCCUGCCUCAGGCCCCGAUUGCCGUGCGAAUGGCUAAAUUAGCGAUGAAUCGAGGCUCUGAGGUGGACAUCUCUUCAGGGAUGGCUAUUGAGGGAAUGUGUUACGCCAGGCUCAUUCCUACAAAGGACAGACAAGAGGGCAUGACUGCGUUUAUAGAGAAGAGGCUGCCACGGUACACUGGAGAGUGAAAGUUUUAACAGUACAGUUCAAACAUAUUGUACAUUCCGUACUACAAAGUGUUGGGUUUCAA